AUGGAGUAUUUCUCAUGGCUAACGGCAACCAAUGCACAAACAAAGUCAACACUGGCAUUCUUAGCUUCAAGUUGCCACUUCAGCGCCGUGUGGCCCUCCCUCGGCACCAUCCCCAGGUCACCAUAUCGGGUGUUCAUCCCCCAGCAUCACUCUCACCAUCCCCAGCCUCUCACCAUCCCCCAGCUCACAUCUUCACCCAUCCCCCAGCAUCAUCUAUCACACCAUCCCCCAGCAUCCCCCAGCAUCACAGCAUCUCUCACCCCCCAGCAUCAUCACCAUCCCCACCAUCACCAUAGCAUCCUCACAUCCCCAGCAUCAUCUCUCACCAUCCCCCACCAUUCACACCCCACAUCUCCAUCCAUCCCCAGCACUCUCACCAUCCCCAGCAUCACCUCACCAUCCCCCAGCAUCACUCUCACCAUCACCCAGCAUCUCUCACCAUCCCCCAGCAUCACUCUCACCAUCCCCCAGCAUCACCAUCCCCCAGCAUCUCUCCCCCAGCAUCAUCACCAUCCCCAUCUCUCACCAAUCCCCCAGCACUCACCAUCCCCCAGCACCCUCAUCUCUCACCAUCCCCCAGCAUCUCUCACCAUCCCCGCAUCACCUCACCAUCCCCCAGCAUCACCAUCCCCCAGCAUCACCCUCACCAUCCCCCAGCAUCACUCUCACCAUCCUUUCACACCCGGGGGUUUCACCAUACUCUCCCUUGCCUCCGGCCAACGUUGGAGAGCGAUGAACAUUUUCCCAGUGUUCCCAGGAUUCGGCUGCAUCAAUAUAGAGUCUCGAAGGGCUGUGCACAGUUUUAUUGUUUUGAAGGGCUCUUGA